AUGGAGGCGGCUGCAGAUCUUCAGGACACAGCCUUGUUAACUCUGAAGUUUAAGUUUAAUCCAAGGCUGGGCAUCGACAAUCCUGUCCUCUCCCUGGCCGAAGACCAGGACCAAUCUGGUAACCCCCUCACCCCUGGCAACUGUUUCCUUUCCCUAGAGACUCUACAGUGCCACACAGCCUCCUAUCUCCUUGGAUGCUCCUGUGGGGGGAGGGGCUGUGUUCCCCUCCUUUUUUGCUACCUUCUUCCUCCUUCAGAUCCCUGGAACCUGCACCGGCCUCGCUUCUGUCUGUUGAGCAAGGAGGAGGAAAAGAGUUUUGGGUUCCAUCUGCGGCAGCAGCUCGGCAAGGCCGACCACGUGGUGUGCAGGGUGGAUCCAGGCACCUCUGCCCAGCGCCAGGGUCUCCGGGAAGGAGACCGGAUCCUAGCGGUGAACAAUAAGAUCGUAGCACAUGAAGACUAUGCGGUGGUAGUGCGCUACAUCCGGGCCAGCGGUCCUCGGGUAUUGCUGACGGUCUUGGCACAACACGUGCAUGAUGUGGCUCGUGCUCAGUCGGGAAGUGACGCUUUCCACUGCCCUACCCUAGCCGCGGGGGUCAGGCCACGCUUGUGUCACGUAGUAAAAGAUGAAGGUGGCUUUGGUUUCAGUGUCACCCAUGGAGCUCGAGGUCCUUUCUGGUUGGUGCUCAGCGUAGGAGGAGCUGCUGAGAGGGCAGGAGUGCCCCCUGGGGCCAGGUUGCUAGAGGUGAAUGGGGCCAGUGUGGAGAAGUUCACAUAUAACCAGCUCAGCAGGAAGCUUUUGCAGAGUGGAGAUCAGGUGACUCUGCUGGUGGCAGGGCCGGAGGUAGAGGAACAGUGUCACCAACUGGGAAUGCCUCUUGCCGCACCCCUGGCAGAGGGCUGGGCAUUGCCUGCCAAGCCCCGAUGUCUAAACAUAGAGAAAGGACCUGAAGGUUUUGGCUUCCUGCUCCGGGAGGAAAAGGGCCUGGAUGGUCGACUUGGGCAGUUCUUGUGGGAGGUGGAUCCAGGAUUGCCUGCUGACAAAGCUGGGAUGAGGCCUGGAGACCGCCUGGUGGCUGUAGCCGGGGAAAGCGUGGACGGACUGGGUCAUGAGGAAACGGUGUCUAGGAUCCGAGCGCAGGGCUCUUGUGUCUCCCUCAUUGUCGUUGAUCCUGAGGCUGACCGCUUCUUCAGCAUGGUACGCCUGUCGCCCCUCCUAUUCUUGGAGAACACUGAGACUGCUGCCCCUCCUCUGGCAGAAACCAAGGAUCUUCCAGUUGAAGACACGAUUGAGCCUUCUGGCUUUGCUGGCUCCUGCCAAUGCAUCUUGUACCCUGGGCCUGGAGGUGGCUAUGGAUUCAGACUCUGCUGUGUGGCUAGUGGGCCUUGUCUUUUCAUCUCCCAGGUGACUCCAGGAGGCUCAGCAGCCCGGGCAGGGCUGCAAAUGGGAGAUGCGAUUUUGGAGGUGAACGGAUGUCCUGUGGGUGGAGACAGUGACCAGGACAGGCUUCAGCAGCUGGCCGAGGCCGAGCCGCCCCUCUGCCUGAAGAUAGCAGCUAGGGAUCCUCCGGGCUUAGAAGCCUGGAUUUCUUCGGAGUUUGGAGAGGACUGGACUCUGGCUUCGGAGUUGCUAUAGGACAUCCCUGUUGGCAUAGACUUACUGGCAUAGACUUGCCUAGUAGUUCUUCUGCCCUUGCUCUGCACGCUGAGGUGGAGGGAGCCAGGAAUGGUCUCUCUAGGUCGGAAGUGGGAGCUAGCUGGAGGAUUCGGACACCACUGAUCACAGGACUGCCAGGGACCUUCCUCAUGAGCCGACCUCCCGCAGAGGGGUGUGGACAGAGACCUCAGCCGGGCUCAUGAGGGAGCCUGAGACUCCACAGGAUGUUAAUGUGGAAGUUCUGGGGAGCUGUGCCCCAAAGAUGAAGUUCUGCUCAAGAAGAUGAUGCUGUGGAGACGCUUAGGAUUGAAGCCAUUGAGAACAUAGGUUACGUGCGUGACUCUUGUCAUGGGGCAGGAGGAUUGGAGCCGCAUUUUCCUUCUACUGGAUACCGUAGAAUCUUGGGAGCUGGUUCUUGGCUAUUGUAAUGUCCUGUUACAGUCUUUCUCCGUUGGCCGGUGAGAUAGCAAAAAAGGUGCUGGCUUCUAAACCUGACAACCCCAGUUCACUCUCCAGAACCACAGUACAAGGAGAGAACCAGUUCCUGGAAGUUGUCCUCUGACCUUUAUAUGAGCACUUUAGUAUAAGUAUGCUAUAUGCUACUGUCCAAAUAAAUAAUAUAUGUAUAUAUGAAUAAAUAUAUGUAUAUGUAUAAACACACACACACACACACACACCUGGCUAUGUGUUUUA